CGCGCUGAGGUCAGAGGCGGCGGCCGCGUACCGAGCGCCUGCGCUGCAGCCGAGCGUAGCCCAGCCAAGCGGUGUCGCUGCCGCCGCCGCCGCUGCCCGGCAUGGAGGGGGACUGUCGCGUGCUGUCCAUCCAGAGCCACGUCGUCCGCGGCUACGUGGGCAACCGGGCCGCCACGUUCCCGCUGCAGGUCCUGGGGUUUGAGAUCGAUGCGGUGAACUCUGUCCAGUUUUCCAACCACACAGGCUACGCUCACUGGAGCGGCCAGGUGCUGAACUCCAGUGAGCUCCAGGAGCUGUACCAGGGCCUGAAGCUCAACGCUGUGAACAAGUAUGACUACGUGCUCACGGGCUACACGAGGGACGCGUCCUUCCUGUCCAUGGUGGUGGACAUCGUGCGGGAGCUGAAGCAGCAGAACUCUCGGCUGGUGUAUGUGUGUGAUCCAGUGAUGGGUGACAAGUGGGACGGUGAAGGCCGCAUGUACGUCCCGGAGAACCUCCUUCCUGUGUACCGAGAGAAGGUGGUGCCAGUGUCGGACAUCAUAACCCCCAACCAGUUCGAGGCUGAGUUGCUGAGCGGCAGGAAGAUCCAUAGCCAGGAGGAGGCGCUGGCGGUGAUGGACGUGCUGCACUCCAUGGGCCCUGACACCGUGGUCAUCACCAGCUCCGACCUGCCCUCCCCUAAGGGCAGUGACUACCUGAUCGCUCUGGGCAGCCAGAGGACGCGGAGGCCCGAUGGCUCCACAGUGACUCAGCGCAUCCGCAUGGAGAUGCGAAAGGUGGAUGCUGUCUUCGUGGGCACUGGGGACCUCUUUGCCGCCAUGCUGCUCGCGUGGACACACAAGCACCCCAACAAUCUCAAGGUGGCCUGUGAGAAGACCGUGUCGGCCAUGCACCACGUUCUGCAGAGGACCAUCCACUGUGCCAAAGCCCAGGCUGGGGACGGACAGAAGCCCAGCCCGGCCCAGCUAGAGCUGAGGAUGGUGCAGAGCAAGAAGGACAUCGAGGACCCCAAGAUUGUCGUCCAGGCCACUGUGCUGUGAGGACUGUGCACACUUGUCUGCCACACACAGCGUCAGUGUCUCUGUCUUGUCCCUGUGAACCCUGUGACGUCCGCCUUAGAGCCAUGACCGAGACUCCACAUCUGUCCCCUCUUUAGUGCCGGGUGGUGCCAGUCUCAGUUUUGAAAAUGUACCAGUCAUCACCAUGGUGGUGACGUGCGCAGCCCCUCCCUAUGCGCUGGGCUCAGGUGUCCUGCGUGUGGUGGCCCGCCCGCUGCCCUGCGGAUCCUGGUGUCAAGCCACUGGCUGCCCCAGCCACAGAGCCCCUCCCACAUGGGCUGGCCAGGCGGCCGCUGACUUCAUGCCGACCUGUGUGCUGUCUCUCUGGGCUCUGCCUCUCCAUUCCUGCGUUAGAGUCUCUCGUCAUCUGCUGCCCACUGGGUCUCUGGGUUGCCCCGGUGCACAGCCCAGGACCAUGCAGAAGGUUCCUGUCUGCGUACUCUGGUGCAGCUGGGUGUGGUCAGCACUACAGCCUCUCUGGACCCAGCAUGUCCUCACAGCAGGACUUCCUGUGGCAACCUCUAGAUACCUGCUGCACACAUCGAGGGAUGUGCUGCUGUGACGGGGGCUGCCUAUGGGACCUGGGGUGUGGGCACUGUGUUUGUCACUCUGCUGGUAACAGAGUGUGGAACAGGAUAGAGUGUGCACGGGCAGGGACAGAGGACAGAGGGGGCACCUGCCUCCCGAAGACUGUCAAGACCUUGUCCCCAUCUCCCUCCUGCCGCAAAGCUGACAGGGAGUCCUGCUCCUGCCAGGCCAUAUGUGGCCCCGUGGGCGUGGCACUGGCUGGCAGAGCUCAGGCAGUGUCCCUACCCCGUUGCCAGUUGGGUCAUCCAGGGAUGGUUGUGUGUGGGGUGCCAAGGUGUGCUUUCCUGAGGGUAUCCGUCUGGAGAGAAGUGGGGCCAGGGCAGCUGCAGGACAGCAGGUGCCCAAGUCCCUGCCCCAUGUCCCGAGCACCCCCACUGCAUCUGGCAGGAAGGUGCCUCCCAUGGCUUGUCCUUCCCCUUGUAGGGAUGGGGCUCUGGUGACUGUGGCACCAUCUGAGGGCACAGGUGCUGUGUGUGAGGCUCUCGGGGAGGGCCCUGUCCAAUAUUGAGUCCCUUGAACCAUUCCGUAUGAUGCAACCCUUACUCCCAUGUCUCACACAGAAGGUGACAAGUUGUCUCUGGAGAAAUAUGAAAUCCUUAGCUGUGUAGCUUGGGAGACUGAGCGGGAGGAAGUUGGAGCCCCUGAGAACUGGGGGCUUGGUAGGACCGAUGUUAGGGAUAGGGGCGCAGCCUGGAGCGCAGCACUGCCCAGCACCACACACAGAAGGAGAAGGGCGGGUGCUUCCUCGGAAGAGGUGGCCCUGCCUGACUGCCAUCCCUGGCAUGAGACUGUCACGCAUGGUGGCACCCUGGUCUGGCUCCCUUGGGUGCGUUUCCACAGGAUGGCGUGGUGUUCCCGGGCCCAUGAAAUUUCCCAUCUGAGGAGACACAUGGCCCGAGUCCUGGAUGGAGUCGCCCUUUGUGCUUCCCACAGUGCCACGCAGGAUGGGUGCGGCUUGUGCUGAGAUAAGCACCCUAGGGGCCCUGUUGCCUGCUCAGUGCUAGGGGACAGCAUUUUAACACUACCUUAACCCAGACCGUGUGAAGGAGCUGGCGAAUAUGGUCUUUUUAAAUCAAUCUUAAACCAGUGCUCCAUCCUGCCCAGUAACCGUGCCUCGGUUGGUCCUUUUACAGUCUCCAGGGAUUGUAAAUGGGUGCCUCUCUUCAUGUCCUGUUCCUGACGUUGUUGGAGCCAAUUUUUAAAACAUUUGGUUUCACAUUGAACCAAGCAGGCCCAGCCUUGUCAUGCUGCUGGGCGCAGGAGGCUGCUUUGCAGCGGAGGUGGUCUGCAGCACCAGUCACCCCAUCCUGGCAGCACCCGUAGUGGAGCUCGUGCCUUGUGUCCCUCAGGAUGACGGUGCAUGGCGGCAGGGGUUGUGGGGCGGGGUGGGGGGGGCUGUGGCAGGCUGUGUGGUCACCAUGCUCCAGAGUACAGGGCUAGGAGGUGACAGAACCCUUCCCCAUAUCCUCCCUGCCCUUCACAGGGUCACCAGCUUGGGGACGGGGGGGAGGGGGAGCAGCGGCGAAUCCGUGCUGCUCUGAGGUGUCCUGGGACCAGCUGUUCCCCUGGGCCCCCCCCCCUGUCCAUCUUUGGGACCAAGGAAGGGGGCUGAAGUGCAAGGCAGGGAGCACAGAGCUUUGGUGGUGGCUUCCUGGGGACCAUCUGCCCUCACUGUCUUCUGUCCCCAGAAAUCUUGCUGCCAGGUGGAAGGGCCUCCAGGAGGCUGGGCCCUCGAUGUGCAGGGCCAGCAUGAACUUCUGGCCAGGGAAGCCUUGGACUUAGGCACCAGAGGUGCAGAGUCUUCUGCCCCUUUCUGUUUCUCUCUCUGCUGUGCUCUUCUGGCCCCAUCAGCAGGGGCCACCUUGUGCCCAGAGGUGGGCAAGUGGGUGCUGCAGGGUCCCUGGCCCACGCCCUGGUAAAUUUGCUGUCAGCUGCUCUUCUUGGGGGGCUUUUGAAAUGUUUCCUUUGUGCUUGCUUUGUCCUUUGCAGUACCAAGGGUGGACCUGGGGAGCAUGGAGCUGCACCCCAGCUCCCACUGUGAAUGUUUCUCACCACCCCCAGGCUGGCCUUGAACUUGCGACCCUCUGAGUGCACAGGUGACCCGUGUGUGCAGGUGCCUGCCUGGGUUUUUGGUGUGCAUUCUGUGUCCCCAAACCUCACAUUGAGCCCAGCAUAUGCAUUGUCACCUUGCCUGUGGGGCGGUCCAGAAGGGUGGGGGGUACCCUGCCUGUUCAUGUGACUCCCACUGUCUGUUCUCUGAGCUCAAGCCUGGUGGGAAUGCCCACUCCACACACUCUGAGGUCUGACGGUGAAUACUGUGAAGUCUCUGGUGAGUAAAAGGCAGGCCUAGAGGUGUUUUUCUAAUUGUCUGGAGAUACAGUGUUUAAAAAGAUCCCAGCCAGUUGACCCAAGUAGGCCCUGUCCUUACAUAAUGCCAGGACAGCAUAGUGACUAUGCCCCAGCUCCCUGUGGCUGUUUCUGGUCUUUUUUGCAAGGGGAAGUCUGGGUGGAUGGGAAAGACCUUCCAUGGCCAGGGCUGUGCACCUGGCCAGUGGGACAUCUCUCUUGCAUGUGGGCCCUGCAGCCCAGGCAGAAGGAGGAGAGCCUGUGCUGUCCCCCCCUGGGCUGCUAGAGAAGCUGGUCCCAGGUAGAGGUGAGGCAGCACCUAGCCAGGUCUGGAGCUGGGUCUGUGGCUUCUGAGGUCACCAAGUUGCCCUGGAGCCAGCAGACCAGAAAGCUGCAGGUGUGCUGGAGCUGCCAGUGUGUCCCUAGGGGGAUAGCUGGAGCCGGAGCGAUACCCACAGUGCACCCUGGGUCUUUGUGGUGUGCUUGUGGGAAUGGGAGGGAGUCACUCCAUGCUGUCCUGAAGGAAAACAUGCAGUCCCUGGGGACCCUUCACAGCUGCACAGCCUCCAGGUAGGGGAAAGCGUCAGCUGGAGUUUCAUCCAAUCACUGCAAAACUGGACCAAUGGAGCCAGGGGCUCUGCUCCUUUACCUUGGAGCAAAGCGCAGGUGGCCACAGACCCUGCUGUAGGGGCAGAGUCCAGGGUCAGGUGGUCAGGGAGCCCGGCGCCACCCUCCCCAUGCCCACCCCACACCCUGUGUUGUAAAUGUGACUCCUAUGCUGCCGUGUAGCCGCCUCUGUGUUGUGCUGGUCCUGUUGACAUCUGUGAUUACCCACAAAUAAAUAUUUUCAUCACUGG